ACGCUCCUGAGUCCAUCGUGCACGAGUGGGCCGCGACACAACGGAAGACGACAUCAAGUUGUUCGAGGGUUACAUCCGGCGUUACAAUAAAUCAUACAAGCACGACCCCUUGGAGUAUGACAAGAGACUCGAGAGAUUCCAGGUAUGCGGUUCAUUCAUCCAUAUUUAUCACUAAAUUCAGUAAUAUUUUCGAGUUGGAGAAUCGCCGAGUUAACCGAUAACGCAACACGAGUUAUCUGGACUGUUCGGUGUUGGAGCAGGGAUGCAUUGCCUGGAUAUGUGUAAUUACGUCGACUGUAUUGUUUCAAUGAGAUCUUUGCGGCACAUUGAGCGCAUGAAUUCUGAACGGAUUUCCAAGGACAGUGCCUUGUAUGGACCCACGGAAUUUUCCGACUUGUCCGAAGAGGAGUUUCUCCAGUUGACUUUGCAGCCGGACUUAUCGGCCAGAAGCGAGAGGCAUCACAAUCGUUAUCAUACGCGGGAAAAUACUCGACGGCUUGGCGCCGAUGUUAAAAGAUUAAAAAGGGCUGCCGGCAUUCCUUUGAAAUUCGACUGGCGGGAUAAAAAAGUGAUAACCCCGGUCAGGAACCAAGGAACAUGCGGAGCUUGUUGGGCGUUCAGCACCGUAGAAGUAGCUGAGUCGAUGUUCGCCAUAAAAAAUGGAUCCCUUCAGCAACUCAGCGUGCAAGAGAUGAUCGACUGCGCCAAGAACAGCAAUUUCGGCUGCGAGGGCGGAGACAUCUGCAGUCUCUUAACAUGGCUCAUGGGCUCGAAGAUCUCCAUUGUCCCUGAAUCUAACUAUCCUUUGACUUGGAAAACGGACGCCUGUAAGCUGGGAAAAACCGCAUCGAAGACCCCGGGGCUGCGAGUUUCGGAUUUCACCUGCGACAGUUUCGUCGAUUCGGAGGACGAGCUUUUGGCCACUCUUGCGGGACAUGGACCUGUGGCUGCGGCAGUAAACGCACUUACUUGGCAGAAUUAUUUGGGAGGAGUUAUCCACUUCCACUGUGACGGUUCUUUCUUAAACCUGAAUCACGCUGUACAGAUCGUGGGAUACGACACAACAGGGCCGAUACCGUUCUACAUAAUUAAGAAUUCCUGGGGCACCUUGUUCGGCGACAAAGGUUACCUGUACAUCGGAAUCGGGAGCAAUUUAUGCGGGAUCGCGAACCAGGUGUCUUCCCUGAACGUGAUUUAAGGAGAAGAACGGCAUCGCCAUCCCCACUGUAUACAUACAUUGACGUAUAGAACCUCGGUCGGUCGCCAAGAGAGUCUGCGCUUGGUGCGAAACUCAGCCGAGUUUCCUUAACCUCGAGAAGCUUCCCUCAAAUCCAGCACAGCGUUUCAUUAACAGAUUCCAAUGCUCUAUAUUUAUGACCGUGUCGAUUAACGAAUACAUACAUGCUUCGUAUUAAGAAGUGCUCGUAUAACAUGCAUUGACGUAUAGAACCUCGGUCGGUCGCCAAGAGAGUCUGCGCUUGGUGCGAAACUCAGCCGAGUUUCCUUAACCUCGAGCAGCUUCCUUCAAAUUCAGCACAGCGUUUGAUUAACAGAUUCCAAUGCUCUAUAUUUAUGACCGUGUCGAUUAACAAAUACAUACAUGCUUCGUAUUAAGAAGUGCUCGUAUAACAUACAUUGACGUAUAGAACCUCGGUCGGUCGCCAAGAGAGUCUGCGCUUGGUGCGAAACUCAGCCGAGUUUCCUUUACCUCAAUCAGCUUCCCUCAAAUCCAACACAGCGUUUCAAUAACAGAUUCCAAUGCUCUAUAUUUAUGACCGUGUCGAUUAACAAAUACAUACAUGCUUCGUAUUAAGAAGUGCUCGGAAGGAGCGAGACUUCCAGGAGUUAGUUGUAAUUAGUAAUAGUACAGUGAAUCGGAUAGUAUUUUUUUAUGCAGACGGUCCACGUGCGAGGAAAAUGGACCCCGUGCUCCGAAUGGUGGAAAGUAGACUAUAUAUUCAAAUAAAAAUUAAUAUGUGAAA